AUGUCUUGUUCUGUGAGGUGUAGACUCGUGAUGGUUUUCUGUUUCACUCUUCUGCUUUUGUCAUCCAACGUUGAAUGUGCUACUGCUCGUCCUCUAGGGCUUCACAAUCAUCAUCACAAGGAUGCUUCUUCGCCGCCUAAAGUUGUCAAUGGUGGUGGAAGGAGGAGUGUGCUAGGUGGAGUCGAGACAGUGGAAGAAGUGGUUAAUGAUUAUCAUGGUCCUCAUGAUAAGACUCCCAUCCACAACCCUCACAAGAGUUAA